CUCUCAGCCCUUCACUGUGAAGUUGUAAACACAGACAGGAAAUGUAUGUUUCAGAAUAAAAGCUGAACGGGAGGGUGCGGCUCAAAAUGACCUUUACAGAUUUACCGUUUUACAACGUUCAGUAACAGACUAAUUGUAUAGUUUGCGGCUGAGAUGAUGAUAUGAGAGUCUUCCUGCCGUAGGUGUUGAAUGCGUGCGCUGCAUGGUGUGUGCCAGGCUGAAAGGUCAGCUAAUGGCAGGCGUCGGGUAUGCGUAUACACGGAGGGCUCCAGCUGCUGCCGGCCGUCAGGAGGCGACCCGGCAGUCGGAGUCGCCGCGGGGUCGGCUUGGCUUUUUAUAGGAGCUGUCAUUUAAAGGCGGAGAGAGCGGGGAGCCGGGUUCACAUGGCCUCUGAUCAGCAGUUACAUAAACACAGCAGCAACAGCAGCAGAUGGCUGAGUGUGCGGACUUCCCCUCCUCAUCAGAGCAUGAGCGGCUCGAUGUUUGUGGUUGGUUUAGUGGUUCUGAGCGUUACAUAGCAGACUGAUUGACUGAUGCAUUCAUUUUAAAUGAAAUUAGAGUUUCAGAAAUAUAAGUCUAAUUAUUAGUAAAAGGAAUAUUCAGUGCUCGUUCAAAUACUUCCUUGUUUCAUGCUCAAUGAGACAUUUCCCAUUAAGUCUCCACCCAUGAAUCUGUUUACAGUAUUGUCAGAGAAGAAACCAGGAAAUAGUUUGCUUUUGAGAAGAGAUGCACUUACCAAGAUAAUCUAUAAUAGAAAUCAAAUCUACAAGAUCUACUAAGGAAUACAAUAAGGAAUAUGUGGGGAACUGGGAAUGCUAAUGAGUGAAUGCUAAUAUCCUGAUACUACUGACUGGAUAAACUUAAAGGUAUAUUUUAGAAGCAGACGCCUGAAUAAGGGAAAGCGAAAGCAACUGUCACUUCGUCUGCACUGCCUCGCUUUUGUAUUUCUUUGGAUCAGACAACAUGGCUUUUUGUUCAGCAAAAGAAGAUCUGACUUGUCCGAUCUGUUUUGACAUCUUCAAAAAUCCAGUGUUGCUGUCCUGUGGCCACAGCCUGUGUAAAGACUGUCUGCAGACCUGGUGGGCAGAGCAACUUAUUCAUUCCUGUCCGUUGUGUAAAAGGAGGUCCUCCAGAGACGACCCCCCGAGUAACUUGGUACUGAAGAACCUGUGUGAAGCCUUUUUACAGGAACUUUCUGCAGAACAGGAUCUGUGCGUUCUGCACUCUGAGAAGUUCAGGCUCUUCUGUCUGGACCAUCAGCAGGCGGUUUGUGUCAUCUGUCGAGAUUCAAAAGCCCACGAAAAUCACAGAUUCAGACCCAUUCCUGAGGCAGCGCAGGAGAACAGGGAAAUGCUCAAGACAAAACUGAAACCCUUACAGGAAAAACUGGAGCGCUAUAAUCAAGUAAAGUUCAGCUGGGAUCAAACGGUCGAACACAUCAAGGCCCAGGCUCAACAAUCAGAGAAGCUGAUUAGGGGUGAAUUUAAGAAGCUUCAGGAUUUUCUACGAAAAGAAGAAGAAACCAGGAUCACAGCCCUGAGGAUGGAGGAGGAGAAGAAGAGUCAGGUGAUGAAGGAAAAAAUCACCACUCUGAGUAAAGACAUAGUAGCUUUGUCAGAGAAAAUCAAAGCGGCAGAGAAGGAACUGAAAUCUGAAGACCUCACAUUUCUUCAAAACUACAAGGCUGUAGUGGAGAGAGUCCACUGGCGUCCUCUGCUGGAGGAUCCACAGCUGGAGUCAGACGCUCUGAUAGAUGUGGCGAAACACGUGGGCAACCUGGGUUUUAACAUCUGGGAAAAGAUGAAGGAGGAGGUUUCCUACAGUCCUGUGAUUCUGGAUCCAAACACAGCUUUUCGAAAACUCCAGGUUUCUGACAAUUUGACUAGUGUGAUAUUUACAGAAACGGAGAUGCAGCUUCCCAGAAACCCAGAAAGGAAUGAGUACUACUUCUCUGUCCUUGGAUCUACAGGUUUUAACUCAGGGGCUCACAGCUGGGAGGUUCAAGUCAAUAACAAUGCUGAUUGGUCAGUGGGUGUGAUGGGAGAGUCUGUGCAGAGGGAGAAAACGAUACUGCAUGGAUACUGGGCAAUAUGGUAUGUAGGAGGUAAAUACAGAGCAUACGUUCCGUUAUACACAGACAAAGUUCUGUUAGUUUGGUCUCAUAUCUGGAGGAUCCGAGUAGAUCUGGACUGGGACAGAGGAAGGCUGUCAUUCACUGAUGCAGAUACAAACACACAAAUAUACACUUUCUCACACACUUUCACUGAGAGAAUGUUUCCCUUUGUAGGCACCGCUAAUAAAAAGCUACUGAAGAUUGUACCUGGUAAAGUAAAACUGCACUUAGACACGUAGACAUGAUGGAAAAGUACAGAGAUGGUCAGAUGGAGCUGAUUUGUGUCUUUGUGCAUUUAGAGAAGCCGUAUGACGGGUGCAGAGGCCUCAUGAUACUCUUUAUGCCCAUGUAUUGUUUUAACAAUAGUACUGCUUUUGUUACCAAUUAUUUUACUUUCACUUUCACUUCUCGGAACACAAGAAUGUUUUUUUAGUGACUGGGAACUUAAGAGUAAGGUUUUGAAAUAAACAACUGCUAAAUAUUAGCUGACACUUUCAUACGACUAUCAGAAAAACACAAUGGCUAAUGUGCAAAUGUUAAAAUUUAUGGAGACGCCUAAGUGACAUGAUUUAUUAGCGCUGCUCUGUCCAGUGUCACAGUGAGUGUAUGGCUACACAUUUGUAAAAUAUAAUAAACACAAGUUUGUAACACGAUAGGAAAAAAACAUCCGCCAUCAAUGUAUUUUAUAUUUCCAAUGUUUGGACGGAGACAAUAUUUUCCAGAGUAAUUUGUUAUGUAUGUCUGGAUGUACUGUAAUAUGCUUGAUCAUGUUUUUGUAUUAAUGUUAUGGAAACACAAUUAAGCAGAAUAUGUAUUACAACACACUGUAACCUUUAUGUUCCAUAGACUUGUGGCUGAAUAUGUACUUGUACAUUUUUUCUUGUCUUCAUCGUGACACCUUUUUUACUGUCACAAAGUAUACUGUAGUUGUGCACUUUGAUUUAUAGAUUUUAUUAUAUAUAGUAUUUGAGUUUUUUUGUUAUUCACUUCAUAUGUUUUAUGCUUCUUAUGUAUUUAUGUGGUUUCUUGUAAAAUGUGUUGAAACAUUUUUGUGUCAUGCGCUUCCCAAUUCUUCAGUGCAGAUUAAAUAAAGCUUUUUGAACUUUA